AUGAGAACCUCUUUGGUAUUUCUCGUUUCGGCCCUUUCUGCAGGCGUUUACUCCUUCGAAACCCAGAACGUGCUCGGGUCGACCAACCCUGCAGAGACCUCGUACCAGUGUCAGAACGGUGCAACGCCUGCAACUACGUGUACUGAUCCAUCAAACGUACCCACAUGCUCCUGCUCCUGCUCCAACGGCGUCACGUACAAUGAGUUGCUCUCUGCCCAUACCUCCAGAAAUCCCAACCCCUUUCCCGACACUUGCUCGGCUGAAAGGGACGACUGCCUCGAGCGCGAAAGAACACUCACCGCUCAAGUUACUGAG